GGAAUAAAUAAAUCUAAAAUGGAAUCCUUUAGACCAGAGACAUUGCUCACUAGCUUCAGUAAUUGAUGAAAUAUCAUUUCCUACUACGGUAAUUUCUUAGAGUGCAUGAGCUUGAUGCUAAAACUGAAUAAAUAAGUCCCACAAAGUUUUGUGCAUAUACUUUAAUGCAUUCAAAGCUUACUUUAAUGAGCACAGAAGGAAGUUGAAAUUGUAAUGCUUGAGCAUGAAUACGAUGGGAAAUUUUUAGAAUUCCUAACUACUAAUAGAAGCUGAAUCUUCUUGAGAAACAACUCUGUGAGAUAUUUCAGAUUUUAUGAAUUCUUCAAGCUUGAUAUUACUGUUGGUUCUUGUAAAACUCUCAGUUUUCUUGAAAAUCUUUUUGAAAUUUCUGACGAUCUACAAACUGAAAAUCAAAAUUUUAGAGAAAAAUAUUUUCCUGUUGAAUUCACAAGACUUGAAAUAAAUGGUUUUGUGGAGAUCUCAAACCAAGAGUUUUAUUUAAGACUCCAACAAGAAUUUGACACUCUUGAAGUAAAUGGAAGAAUGAAUGGAUCAGCAAAACUUCCGAAUAUUCAUUCCUCUUACAAAGGAAACAAGUACAGGAUGCUCACAUGCAUUUCUGAUGCAAAGAUUAAGAAUAAAAGACUAAAUGACAAGAAAUUAAUGACUGACAUCCUCCAUUUUUAUGGGAUCCCAAACUUUGUUAUGAACUCAAGCGAUAAUUUUAGUCCAUCUGUUCAAAGAAGUGUUAAAUACAUAACAAUUAGCCGCUGCCAUGACUUUAGUAAUGCCAAUGUCUCUUUUAAUGAAGAAGAUAACGAAGAAGACCUCCUUACAAGCAUGAUGGAGAAAUGAAGUUUAGAAAAAUCUGAAAUAGAAGACUUAAAAUCUCAAAUUUCAAUUCUCUGAAAAGAUUUACUUAGCCUAUUUUCAAUAAAACUAUUGCACUGGAAUACAGAUCUGCUAACAAUCGACUUAAUGGAGUAUCUCUGAAAACAACCUAUAAAAAUAUCAAAAAUCCAAGGACUUAACCCAAAUAAUAAUUUUGCAAGUAUUCCAGUGACGUUUGAAGAAAUACUGCUACACAUGUACAAAUAGGUCUUCUAGUCAUCGAAAGGAUGAGUUUAUCUCCCUCCGUAUCAAGAAAGCAAAAUUAUCUUUUUCAAAUUUAUUGUCAGAAAUUGUCGAAAUUAUGGAUGGAAAAAUGGUGUUGAGUAGUCUCCCUCAUUUUGACAUCAGAGAUGUCGAUAUGAUCCAUUACAGUAAAGAUGAGAUACUGAAAAGAAUCCCUCCAAAACUAUUCAGGGAAUCAAAAGAGACCAUUUUUGUAAUAGAAUAUCCUCAUUUAGUCAAGAAAAUAUCUCUGAAUUUGGGAGAUAUAGAAUCAGAGAGCAUAUUUGAAAAAUUGGAGUUCUUAAAACCUAAAAUAAUGAAGAUAAUUUGGAAUUGAGAAUUAUCAAUACAAGAUGAAUACCAAGCCACAAAUUUAUGCCAAUAUAUAUAAAGAAAUUAAAUCAAUGAACUCAAAUCAGAAUUGUUGUAGACUGGAGAGAAUCAAUGGUGGUUGAACCAUUCGGAAUAGACCACUAUGGGUAUGAUAACACCCCUGAAAUUUUUGGGCAACCAAACAAGCAAAAUUUAUUCUGCUUUUUACUCUCCAAAUCAACAACACAAAUAUAUAUCGAAACUUCCCAUUAUGUAUUUGAGAAUGAGAAUAAAAGCUCAAAGGAAGCUCUUGUGCAAAGUAUCGAGGAAUGAAAAAGUCUUCAGCACGUUAUGGCAAAAAUAUAUAUGCCUUUUAGACAAGUUUAACAAGCACACGAUCUCUGUUUGAAAAUUUAUUCAAACCGAGCUUGAAGAAAAGCCGCCGAAGUAUAAAGAAAAAAUAUUGACAAGAAAACUAAAAUGAAUCUUUAGGUUAAUCAAAGGAUCUGAAAAAGAAAGGAAUAGUUUUUAUGAUAAAUUAAUAGUAUC